AUGGACUUGCGGGCCUUCUACUUCCAGGCGGCGGAGGCGGCGGCGACGGCGACGGUGACGGCCACGGAGGACGACGACGUGACGACACCCAAGCUCUCCCCCAGCGCAGCGGUGCCGCAGGAAGGCCAGAGCAGUGGCAGCGCUUCCCCGGUGGCGGUGGUGAUGAACAGCGAGGGAAGCGGCGGCGCGCGCGACCUGAUCUGCCCCGAGUGCGGCAAGGCCUUCCUGUCGGACAAGGCCAUGUACGGGCACCUCAGGUGCCACCCGGGGAGGAGAAACAAGGGGGCGAUCCGCCCGCCGACGCCGGUCGCCUCCGCCUCUUCUGUGACCCGCGGAGACGCCAAGGCGAGGAAAGUGCUGUGGAUGGAGGAUGACCUCCCGACCAAAUGGCCGUUGACGGCCAAGCGCGGCCGCACUCCGACCGUGGCCACCUCCGUCACCGUGCAGCCCGUGUCCGUGCUGGAGUCCACCUACAGCGCGGAGGAGGAGGCUGCCAACACUCUCUUGGACUUGGCCCAGAACGCCCGCAACGCCGCCGUUGCGGAGCAGGAGAUGCAGAUGCCACAGGCCGAUCAGUUCGAGCUACCAGCUCAUCAUGUCGCUGACCCCGUCGCGCCGGAGCCCGAGCAGCCUGUGAUACCAGACAUGGCCGCCGGCGCCGACGCGUUGCAGCACGUGCAGCAGGCCGAGACGCGUGCGCCGGUGGAGCACAUCUUCGGCAUCAUCUUGCAGCCCCAGGCGCCCGGGGUCGAGCCGUCCAAUUUCAUCGCAGCGUCGGAGCCUGUGAACAAUUCUGCACCCGUCGUGGUCCGCGACGAGGACAAGUCCAUCUCCCCUGCCGUCAAGAAGCUAAAGAAGCGACGGUUCCAUGAUCCAGUUGGCCAGAGUCCAGAUUCCUCUCAGCCGCCGCCAGAUCCCGAGGACGUCAGGCCGCCGGUGAGGCGCAUACCGUCGCCGGCGUCAGAUCGGAGGUACGCAUGCCCGUCGUGCUACAAGUCGUUCCCCACCCACCAAGCCCUAGGCGGCCACAUGGCGAGCCACAACAGGGCCAUCAGGUGCGCCGCCGCGCAGCAGGUGGACGGGCUCGCCGUGGCCCAGGCCGUGCAAAACAUCUUGGCCCAUCGCCAGCGCCAAGAGAGCGCCAACGCCAGCGCCAGCGGGAUCGUCGGCGAGGAUCUACAGAUCAGCCUCCGGCCGCCGAAGCCGGUGUCGCACACAUGCGUCCGGUGCCGUCAGAUCUUCUCUACCGGGCAGGCGCUCGGCGGCCACAUGCGGAAGCACUUUCUCGAGGACAGGCUGCAGGCGGCCGCUGCCGCCGCGGCGCCGGCCACUGCUCCGCCUGCUCUGGCCGCAGCAGCCGCCGUGGCGCUGGCCAUUGCUCCGGCAGCAGUGCCAGCGGCCCAAGAUGGGCCCCCCCGGGACUUUGAUCUCAACGAGAUGAUGCCUUGGGAAUGA